AAGAAACAAACACGACCUUAAAGUUUAAAAUAAAAGAGUUUCAUUUUUGCGUUUCGUGGAGUUGUUGAACUUCGAGGGUUUCCUUCACAACACUAAAAAUCUCUCUGCAAUUUCGUUUUCCAGUGCUACUCGUGAUUUGGUGUGAGUGAUGGCUGGGAAGGAAGAGAAUCGAAUAUUUGUGGGUGGUUUAUCUUGGGACGUUACAGAGCGUCAACUCGAGCAUGCCUUUGCUCGUUACGGCAAAAUUCUUGAAUGCCAGAUCAUGAUGGAAAGGGAUACAGGCCGUCCACGUGGAUUUGGGUUUAUCACAUUUGCUGACCGUAGGGGAAUGGAGGAUGCAAUCAAGGAAAUGCAUGGACGGGAAAUCGGUGAUCGCAUCAUCUCUGUCAACAAGGCACAGCCCAAGAUGGGAGGUGAUGAUGUAGACCAAGGUUACAGAGGUGGCUACUCAUCAGGUGGUAGGGGAAGCUAUGGCACUGGAGACAGGAUAGGACAGGAUGACUGUUUCAAAUGUGGGCGUCCAGGACACUGGGCCCGAGAUUGUCCUUUGGCUGGAGGUGGUAGGGGUCGAGGUGGUGGUUCGUUUGCUUCGCGUCCUAGGUUUGCAGCUGGUGGUGGACAUGUUGAUCGCCUUGGUGGUGAACGUGAUCGAUACAUCGAUGAUCGUUAUGACGGAGGACGUUAUGGAGAUAGGGAUCGUUUUGACAACCGUGACUACAAAUAUGGUAGCCGUGACCGCUAUGCUAGUGACAGGUAUGCAAGCAGCGGAGAGCGAUUUGCAAGUGAUCGAUAUGGAGGUGGAUCAGAUAGUUACCCACAAAAUGGUUAUGGGAAGGAAAGAGGGUAUGAGCGAUAUGGUGGUGCACGAGGUGGUGGUGAUAGGUAUGGAAGUGGAAUGGCAGGUCGAGAUGAAGGAAGGAGUUAUAGGGGCAGACCUGGUCCAUAUGACCGUCCAAGCAGGGGUUCUCGUCCAUCACUUGAUCGCUACUGAUAUCACUGGAUGGAUGCAGAAGAAGCCACAUGAUUAGAGAGAUCUAGUUCUUGUUAUUGUUACGUAGGACAUCCCAGGAUUCUAGUUUUAUAGGUUAUGGAUUUCGUAGUCAGUUUCCUUAUUUAGAUCCUGUUGAUUAUGCCCCCGCGUUUGCUUGACGCUUUGACUACCUUCCCUAAGCAUGAUUUACUGCUUCGUUCCAAAAUUUGUGCUGUUACACUUGUACUAUCUGCCACAAACUAUUUCUUUCUCAAAAGCAUAAAACAAACACUUACACUGUGUUUGGUACGAAUGAAAUAGCGAAGAAACAAUGAAGAGAGAGAGGAAAUAAGUGAUAAGAAAUAAAUUUUCACUUCUGUUGGUGGUUUAUCCUAACUCAGGGAACACCACAUUCUGCGA